AUGUCUACCGCCGGGAAUGGACAUAUCUAUCAUGCGAUUGAGUAUGUGGCGGGACGGUUGGAGGGGCUUGCGAGGGAGAAUAAUGUGACUGUGGGCGAGGUGACGAUGGAGAUGAUUCCGGAUGUGGUGGAUGUGACGGGGCCGCAGGCUAUUACUGUUGCGUUGUUAGAGACGAUUAGUGAGGAGGUGGGACGCGGAGUGGGCAAGGAGGAGAUUGAGGGGAUUGGGGAGGGCGGGGUGUUGCUCGGGGAUGUGCUUGUGUUGCCUCAGGCGAGCUUUGCGGCGUUGCAGGGCGGGAUGCCGCAGGGGCAGGGGGAGUAUUUGGUUAGUCAUCAUUAUGCGGGGAGUUGGAAGAAUGAGGUGGGUGGGGAGGAGGGGGUUAAGGAGGAUGAUGGGGGGGAGGAGCAGGAUGGGGAGGAGGAGGUGGUGAUUGUUGUGGAGGGGGAUGGUGAUGAAAAUGAGGGGAAGGAGGAAAGAAGUGAGUGA